AUGCUGACCCGCACGCAGGUAAGGACAAUUAAGGGGAAACGACCGCAUUGGGUGGUGGGGGCGCCGUCUCAUCCUUUGUCACCACAUGAGGAGGCCAUUCACGGGCCCAUUUCAUGCCUGCCUGUAGCCAUAUCGAGGCUGCCUACAUGCCCUCAUUGUCGCUGCAGGCUGCCGCCAAAAAGGAGUUGGAGAGAGAGGCCCAGGAGGCAGCUCGACUUGCUGCAGCGGCCGCAUCCACCGGGACCAUCCGCCUCUAUGACCUCCACCCCUUCGGCAGUGGCGAAGACGACAAGCGCCUCAACAAGGCCACUCCGAAGCGACACAAAAAGAAGACGUCAGGCCCCACGAAAGACCAAAGGGAUGGAAAGACGGGCGCUGACAACCACAGACCCGCAGGGGCAGCCGCACGGCAGCCCGCUGCGAGGACGGGCCGGGCGAGGGGCAAGGGGAGUCGGGAGACGGGGGAUGUCCGGAUGGCCGAUGGGGAGGGCGAGGAUGUCGAUAUGAUGGCUGAGGGAGAGAACGACAUGCUGUCAACGCAGGCCAAGAAGCCCGCCCGCCAUGCAGCCGCCCAGCAGCGUCGGGCUCUCAAGGCCAAGGUGGAGGAGCCUGACAUCUACGAGGCAGCCGUCAUCGACCGAGACGAGGACGAGGAGCCCCUCCACAAGAGAAGGAAAAACAAAAACUCCGCCGCCCGCACCGCCAGCCGUGAUGCGCACGGAGACGUGGACAUGGACGUCGGGGAGGGGAUGGGCGAAGGGAUGGCCAUCAGGACGGCUGUGGAGAGGGGCGUUUGUGAGGCUGUCGAUGCUCUGCUGAAGGGCCGACCGCAGCUGGCCGGCCAAGGCCUGCUUCACGCCCUCGCUGAGGCCAAGACCGUCUCCGACGAAAACAAGGUGCGCAUCGCUGAGUCACUGCUGUCCGCCGACCCGUCCCUGGCCACCGAGACCGACUCCAACCUCCAGACGGCCCUCCACCGUUUCUGUGAGCUGCCACUGAAGGACCCCAAGCGGCAGGAGCAGCUGCUCGACCUGCUGCACGCCAAGGGAGGACCCGCCCUCAUCCGCACUCAGGACGCCGAGGGCUGGCGGCCCCUGCACGUCGCAGCAGCGUCCCACCGCGGCCAUCAUGCGAGCGGGACUGCGACUAUCAAAUGGUUUUGUCGCCAUGGGGCCAAAGUGCACGUCAACGAGGCGGUGAGCGUGGACGGAGGGGAGGCCCACCUGAGGCCAUUGUCCAUCGCGGCGUUGCAUCCGGCCAUUCCACUAGAUCGUCUGCGAGAAUUGAUUGGGGAGGGCGGCAUGGGCAGCAUCUUGCCAGCGCAGGGUGAUGCCGGUGGCCAACAGCCGGCUGCAGGGGGGAAGAGGAAGCGCCUGUCGCCGGCAGAGGCGGCCAUGGAGACAGCGGCCAAAAGAAUCGAACAGGUGCGUCAGUCAGUGAGGAGGAAACGUUAAUGCUCAUAUGGUACUGACUUUUGUGGCUGGCUGGCGGGUACUUGUCAGGCGACUCGUGCAGCCAGGAGCAAAGAGGAGGCUGCGAGGACCCGUGAGGACAAGAAGGACACGAAGGAGGCCGAGGCCGCGGCGGAGCGGAUGCGUCGAAGGCAGGUGCGUCGUGAGGUGGAGAAUGUAGUCAACGACGCCCUGCGGCCGGUCCGCUGGCUCAAGGGCAAGGACGCCGCCUUCCACU